UCAGUCGGGUCUGUUGCUUGAAGCCGCUUCGUGUCUUCGCCGCGGCGGAGGAAUAAGAUGCGGAGCAGGAGCGGAACCGCAUCCCGUGACCCGGAUCAUCCCAGAACCAGAACCAGAACCAGGAUAGCUGAACCCUCCUCUUCCGGUCCGGCCCGGCUCGGCCCGCAGACAGCAUGACAGCAGUGGCGGACAGAGCGAUACAGACGGGCUCCAGUAGCUGCUGAUAGGCGCAGUUAGCCGGGCAGCUAACAGCGCGAUGAGCGCGGAGGGAAGCGGCACGAUCCGCAGCCGCAUCAAGAACCUGCUGCGCUCCCCGUCCAUCAAACUGAGGCGGAGGAGCGGUGCGGCGCGGCACAAAGAGGACCUCAGCGACAAGGUGACCUUGGAGAAGGUUCUGGGUAUCACAGCACCGGGGAACCGAGCGUUGGCCUGCGACCCCCGAACUGGACUGUUGGCUUAUCCUGCAGGGUGUGUCGUUGUCCUUCUGAAUCCUCGGAAAAACAAACAGCUUUACAUCUUCAACAGCUCCAGGAAGGCGAUCACCACGUUAGCGUUUUCUCCAGAUGGGAAAUAUGUCGUCACAGGAGAGAGCGGUCACAUGCCGGCGGUUCGAGUCUGGGACGCGUCGGAGCGCCAGCAGGUCGCCGAGCUGCAGGAACAUAAAUACGGAGUCGCCUGCGUCGCGUUUUCCCCAAACGGGAAAUACAUCGUCAGCGUCGGCUACCAGCACGACAUGAUGGUCAACGUCUGGAACUGGAAGAAAAACGUUGUUGUCGCAGCCAAUAAGGUCUCCAGUAAAGUGACGGCCGUCUCCUUCUCCGACGACAGCUCCUACUUUGUUACCGCCGGCAACCGCCACGUCAAGUUCUGGUACCUGGACCACGCCAAGACCUCCAAGGUCAACGCCACCGUCCCCCUGCUGGGGCGUUCAGGGCUGCUGGGAGAGCUCAGGAAUAACUUCUUCAGCGAUGUGGCGUGCGGUCGGGGUCGACAGGCCUCGUCCACUUUCUGCAUCACCUCCUCCGGCCUGCUGUGUGAGUUCAACGACCGGAGACUCCUCGACAAGUGGGUCGAGCUGCGGACGUCUCAGGCCACCUCUCUGUCGGUCACAGACGAGUUGAUCUUCUGCGGUUGUUCCGAUGGGACGGUGCGAGCCUUCAGUCCCGUUAACCUCCACUUCCUGUGCACGCUGCCCCGCCCCCACUGCCUCGGGGCCGACAUAGCAAGCAUGGUGGACGCCAGUCAGCUGUUCUCCAGCAUGCCGGAGGCUCGGUACCCGGACACGGUGGCGGUGACCUACGACCCCACGAGCCGCUGGCUGUCGUGCGUCUACAACGACCACAGCGUUUACGUUUGGGACGUCCGAGACCUGCGGGACCCUCGCAGGGCGGGAAAACUCUACUCCGCCCUGUACCACUCGUCCUGUGUGUGGAGCCUGGAGGUGUACCCAGAUGGAGUAGGAAAAGGAGGAGAUGGAGGAGAGGUGCGUCUCCCCCCCGGAUCAUUCCUGUCCUGCUCCUCGGACAACACCAUCCGACUCUGGAACACCGACGGACACAAACUCCUCACCAGGAACAUCCUGAGCCAUGACCUGCAGAAGGUCAUCUACGUGGACGACAACACCUCCAGCCUGCUGGACCCGGAAAGCGACACAGUCACCGGGAGCAGCUCGGAGAAGACGGGUGGGUCGUCAAGCUCCGAGGGGCAGCAGACCGACCAGAGCAGGGCGGGCAUUAGGACCCUGAGGGUCAGUCCUGACGGGCAGCACCUGGCCUCUGGAGACCGCAUGGGCGUCCUCAGGAUCCAUGAUCUGGACGGGAUGGAGGAGAUUUUGAACGUUCAGGCUCACGACUCAGAGAUUCUGUGCCUGGAGUUCUCCAAACCAGACACUGGUCUCCAGCUAUUAGCCACAGCCAGUCGGGACCGUCUGAUCCACAUCCUGGACGCGGGGAAGGAGUACAGCCUGGUGCAGACUCUGGACGAACACUCGUCCUCCAUCACAGCCGUACGAUUCGCCGCCAAUGAGGGCAAAGUGAGGAUGAUCAGCUGUGGCGCCGAUAAGAGCGUCUACUUCCGCACCGCUCAGCAGCUGGAGGACGGUCUGGAGUUCACUCGGACGCAUCACGUGGUGAGGAAGACGACGCUGUACGACAUGGACGUGGAGCCCACCAGGAAGUACGCAGCGGUGGGCUGCCAGGACCGCAGCAUCAGGAUCUUCAACAUCAGUAACGGUAAACAGAAGAAGAUGUAUAAAGGCUCUCAGGGCGAGGACGGGACUCUCAUCAAGGUGCAGAUCGACCCCUCCGGUCUCUACAUCGCCACUUCCUGUUCGGAUAAGAACAUCAGCAUAUUCGACUUCUACUCCGGAGAGUGUGUGGCCACCAUGUUCGGACACUCCGAGAUCGUCACAGGUCUGAAGUUCACCAGCGACUGCAGACACCUGAUCACAGUGUCAGGAGACAGCUGUAUCUUCGUGUGGCGUCUCAGUCCAGAGUUGACCAUCAGGAUGAGGCAGCGACUCGCCGACCUGCGGCCUCCCAGCAGCGUUCAGAUCACCCAGAAUGCACCUCAGCAAAAAGCGACGAACCUCAGUCGGGAUGCGCCGUCUCCUCGCGUCGUCACCAUGUCGUCUGACAGCGACAAGGAGGAGGAAGAGGAGGACGAGGAGGAGCGCGUCUGUCCUUAUAAGGUCACAGCAGGAUGCCUGGAGGAAGAGGAGGAGACAGAAAUGUCCGAUGAGCAGUUUGGCUCGCAGUGCGGCAGAGACAGCAAGGAGGAGUCUGGGGGUCGCCUGCCUCGCCGGCGUUGGUCCCGUAGGACUGUGGGAGAUGGAGCCCUGAUGGUGAAGUCCAUGCUGGACCUGAGGCUGCUGGACUCAUACUGCCCGGAGAAACAGGAGGAGCAGCAGCAGGGGGGGGAGCAGGAGGAGGUGAAGACAUGCCCUCUGGAUGUUAGCCCCUCCACCUGCGGCAAGAAGAGGGGCCCAAGUGUGGAGGCGGGGCUUCACAGGGCCAAUCAGGAGCUGGGGAGCACCAUCAGCCUGCAGGUUCAGUCUGCAUGGGCUGAGGACAGUGAGGCAAGGACCAACCACAGACCAGACUUUAUCCAGCUGUCCAAUCAGAGCCCAGACACGGAGGCUGUGGUGCUCUAUCCCGACCAAUGGGAGGACAGAGUGAGCCUGGCAGGAAGUGAGUUCCAGGUGAAGGAGGCGUGUCCUGCAGACCGCCAGGACAAACCGAGCCCAGACAGCGGCUGCUCGCUGGGAUUCAGCUCCAGACUCUCCAGUCCCGCGAGACCUGCAGGAGACGAUUCAGAGCCCACAGAGCCGCUCAGUAUGGAUGGAAACUCCUCUGAGAUGGAGAUGGAUGAGGAUGAAGAGGAGGGAGGAAGAAGAGGGGGAGAAGUCAAGGCGUCUCAGGUCGUCCCUCAGACUCCCGACCAGGAAGCCUUCCUGAAGGAGAACUUUGUGACACUGGCAGACCUCUCAGGCUUAGGGAGUCCCAGCAAGGCCUCUCACAGCUCCAGCGAGAGCCUCAGCAUCUCCUCCAGGUUCCUCUCCCAGAAUUCAGCUGGAAGUCGGACUGUGCUUCCUCUCCCUUCUCGGACCACCGGAGGAGGAGGAGGUGGAGGGGAGGCGAAGGCCCGUCCUCUGGUCUCAGAAGUCCGGCCUUUAAUGGAGGACAACCGCACCCAGGACAGGAGGGUGUGUUUGAACCAGGAGCAAACCCAGAACCAGAACUCUUCAACUAGGGAGCAGACGCAGAACAGCAUCCAGCCGGGUAAAGAUCAGCUCCAGAGCCGGAUCGAGCAGGAGAACCACAGACCCUCACCGCUGAAGAAGAAGGUCCAGACCUCGGGGGAGUCCAGGAGGAACCUCGGCCCGACAGCCAGAGCCGCCGUCUCACAUCUGAGCACCUCCUCCUUGGGACUCAGGAAGGCUCAGUCGGUCCAGAGUCUGCUGUCGGACGCAGGUGACUCCACCCUCUCCACCUCCUGUCCCUCCAAAGAUCUCCCCCCUCAGAAGCUCCUCCCCCUGCAGCGUCCCACCACCCUCCCUUCCUCCCCGAGACGUCCCCCAUCCUUACCCUCCACCCUCCAGAGACCCUCUCCAAAGUCCCCUCAGCAAGAAAACGCCCCCACCUCCUCCACUUCAGCUCCUUCGGCCUUCACCUUACCCAGGAAAUCUUCAUCCGGCGCCGCCUCCUCCUCUUCCUCCUCCUCUGUGUUGACGUCCCGCUCCUACAUGAGCCCCACCACCAGCUCCAUGGCCAAAAUGUCGCGCUCCAUCUCCAUCGGCGACGGCCUCAACAUUCCCGAUAACGCCGACGAUGAACCCUCUUCUCAAAUCAAAGACCCGCCUCCUCCUCCUCCUCUUCUUGUUGCCGUGGUUCCCUCAAACGCAUCUCUGGCCACGCCUCCUCACGCCGCCGUCGUGCCCGUCGUCGCCUCCCUGUCUCUGGGUAACCCGGCGGCCGCGGCGGCUCCUCCCUCCCGUGGUCUCCAGGCUCGGGUCCCAGGAGGCAGCAGACCGCUACCAGACAAACCCUCCCUCGCCUGCUUGUCUUCCUCGUCACGGCCUCCUCCCGUGUCCGUCUCCCCCCUGACUCCUCCUCCUCCUCCGACGACGCAGCAGGAGGAGGAGCUUCCGACUCCAGGAAGCAGCGGGGUGGAGAAAAGAGAUGAUGAAGGUUUGGACUCUCAUCAUCCUCCUCCUUUCAUCCUACGUCCGAGCUCCACCCCUCACCUUCAUCCUCCUCUUCAUCACUCCUCCUCCUCUCGCUCUGUACUGACGGAUCAGCCAAUCAGUGUGGAGACCUGCAGAGCUCUGACCAAUGAGCUGCAGAGCUGCUUCAAGAGAGCCACACACCUGUACAGGAAGGUGAGAGGCUCCUCCUGCGACGACUCCGCCCCCGACCAGCAGCAGAUGUCCGUCGUCCUAUCAGAAGCCUUCCAGGCCAUGAGGGCGGAGCUCGAGUGUCUGCCGCUCGCCGCCCCGAGCACGCUGGGAGUGGAGGGAGGGCUGGGGGGAGUCGGGGGGGAGAAGACGGCGGCUCUGCUGGAGGAAUACUCUCUGCUGCUGCUGCAGGCCGUGCACCGGAGGAUCAACAACACUGCAGACUGAACACUCUUCAUCGCCUACUCUUUCCUCUACCUCUUCUUCUGUUUGACUUUCUGAAACCUUUUGCCUUCCAUCUUUAUUUCUGCUUCCUCUCUUCAUCUCUGUCUCCUGCUUCUCUUCCCCGUCUUCCUCCUCUUUUUCCGGCUACUCCCUCUUCCUCCUCAUCCUCACAGAUGAAGGGUCCAAAGCCUUUUCUUUCUUUUUCUCUCAUUCCUUUGCAUCUUCUUCCUCUUCUUCACGUUACUGUUUUCUCUCAUCUUCCUCUAUCCUGUCCAAAUACCCUUUCUUCUAAUCGUCUUUCUCACCGUUCUUCCUCUUCCUCUUUUCUUUACCUCCUCAUCCUCUCAGAUGAAGGACCUGAAGCCAUUUCGUCUGGACUUUUUUUAUUGUUAUGCAAGAAUCUCUCUGGUCUUAAAGACACGUCGAAUCACUUUAACGUUUUUUAGAAACUGAAGCGACGGAUGUUUUUACCAAGUUGGUUUUUAAAGACAUUUCUGCGACUGAAUCGUGGACGAUUUUCCUUCUUCAUUCCCAUCGUUUGGAUCGUGGUUGUAGAAACGUUGAUGUUAGAGUGUAGAGACUUUUCAAAGGAGCGAACAGCAAUAUGAGACGUUUUUUAUCGCCGUUUGAUGUACAUUUUCCUUCCUGAAUUCACUUGAAUCUUAACCCUUAAACGCUGAGUUCAAGUACGAUUUAGAGUUUGUAUUUAUUCUGUUGUUACAUCCUCCCUGUCGGACUGCUGAACACUGACUGACUCUUUGCUCUUCGCACACUGACCUCCAUGUUUUUCUAAAAUCAUGGAUUUUUUUGAAAUUGUUGUUAGAGAAACACUUUUAGGGUUUGUUGGGUUUAGAAUUUGGGGUCAAAUUGUUGUGAAACUGACUUUUUCACUAACAAACAAACAGGUCAAAGCUCAAAUGUUUUUUUGUCAAUAUGUAAUAAAAGUUUGAGACU